UCAUACUGUAGAAGCCAGGAUUGGUUUGUUUUCAUUUGCUCUCAGCCUUAACCAUGAGGCUAGAGCACGGGCAACGCGCUUCCCUGGCGCUCGUCCUCAACUUUGUGGCGUUCACUUUAGCCUUGCUCGCAGUCACCACCAGCCAUUGGUGUGAGGGGACGAGGAGGGUCGCCAAACCCUUCUGCACUGGGCCUCCUGGGAAAACCAAGCAGAUUUUCUGCCUUCGCUUAAACAGCUCCAAUGUCAACGACACCCGGAUGGUCGAAUACAUCAUAGAGUCCGGGGAGGAGAAGUUCCUGCUUAGAAAGUUCCACACGGGCAUAUUUUUUUCCUGUGAGCAGGCUGUCGACAUGAAAGGUUAUGACUGUCGAGAUUUUUCAAAAAUAGCACCUGAAAAUGAAAGAGGCGUCCUGUGGUUGUGCAUCCUGGCUGAGAGCAUCUACCUCAGCCUGCUCUUCACGGGAGGCGCACUCAUGAUCAUGGAGCAGUGUUCCGGCUUCAGCAUCAUUAACAAACUCAAGCUCAGUGCCUUCGCUGCUUUGUGCACUGCUCUGUCGGGCCUGUGUGGUAUGGUGGCACACAUGAUGUUUACCACCAUAUUUCAGUUGGCUGUUACUAUGGGGCCAGAAGAUUGGAGGCCUAAGACCUGGGACUACAGUUGGUCUUAUGUCCUAGCAUGGGGCUCCUUCGGCACUUGCAUGGGUUCGGCAGUGACCGCAUUCAACCGGUACACGAAGACCAUUGUCGGGUUCAAGUACAAGCGGCGGAUCAUAGAGAAGAGCCUCAUGGUGAAGCAGAAGAUGAUGGAGGUUGACCUGUCUGAGCAGAUAUGGGACAUGUACCUGGCUGCUGACGCCGAGACACCGUUAGAACUUCCCAUCAAUGACCAAAUAUUUUCCGUAGGGGCACCUUCUCUGGUGAAGGACGACUUUGUACCAGAACAAGAAGGGAAGGCCUAUUGCUGAAAAUGUCUUUUUGGAUGUUUGGAUGUUCUCAGGAACAGACAGGAAAGACAUUACAAAAGAAUUGUACAUACGAAAGUUUUUACUUAAAAAAAUGUGGAUUCUCGUUUCGAAAUUGAGGUAAGCGCAUUUGCAAACGAUCGCUGGUAGCGAUUUAUGCUACCAUGGUAGCAUAAACCAUGGUACAUGGUUUAUGCUAAAC